AUGGUUCAUCAAUUUUUUGCUGGAGAUAAAUCCCACCAACAAUCAGAAGAUAUUUAUACCAAAUUAAAGGACUUGAAUGGGCAACUUAAGAAUGUUGGUUACAAGCCUGACACAGAUUCAGUUCUCCAUGAUGUUGAGGAAGAAGUAAAGGAGAAGAUGCUUUGGGACCAUAGCGAGAGGUUGGCGCUUGCCUUUGCUCUUAUUAAUACUGAUCCAUCGACCACAAUCAGAAUAACGAAGAAUCUUCGUGUGUGUGGGGAUUGUCAUACAGUAAUGAAAAUGGUUUCUAAGCUCAUGAGUAGAGAAAUCAUCAUGCGAGAUAUUCGUAGGUUCACCACUUUAGGGACGGAGCUUGUUCAUGCAGUGAUUAUUGGUGAGUUGAUGGGGAGGUUAAUGAAACUAUAG